GAAUUUGUAAAGUAGUGACCGCACAAGAUCAAAUCCGGAUUAUCCUCCUCAACAAGCAUUUUAAUUGAAGUGAACCUCUCUUUCUUCCGUGUCUCUCUCACAAACCAAUAAAGCAAAGCUCAGGUCUCAGCACCCAAAGUAGUCUGAUCUGGCAUUAUGGGUGGAAGUGCAAUAGAUGAUGAUUGGGAGCUUACUUCACCAUCCAAUGGGGUUCGCACUGUGGUUUUAGUUGGCCGUACAGGCAAUGGCAAAAGUGCAACUGGCAACAGCCUUCUUGGAAGGAAGGCCUUCAAAUCAAGGGCUAGCUCAUCUGGUGUUACCAGUACUUGUGAAUUGCAGCAAACUGUUAUUACAGAUGGUCAAGUUAUCAAUGUCGUUGAUACUCCUGGACUCUUUGACUUUUCUGCUGAAUCUGAGUUUGUUGGCAAAGAAAUUGUCAAAUGUAUUAAUAUGGCAAAGGAUGGGAUCCAUGCAGUCCUUGUAGUCUUCUCAGUUAGAACACGUUUUUCACAAGAAGAAGAAGCUGCGCUUCGUAGCUUACAGACUCUGUUUGGAAGUAAGAUAUUUGAUUACAUGAUUGUAGUAUUUACUGGAGGAGAUGAACUUGAAGAUAAUGAUGAAACGUUAGAGGAUUAUCUAGGUCGUGAAUGUCCUCAGCCUCUACAGGAAAUUCUCACUCUUUGCAAGAACCGGCUCGUGCUUUUUGACAACAAGACAAAAGAUGAAUUUAAGAGAGCUGAACAGGUUCAUCAGCUUCUCUCCCUUGUAAAUCUGGUCAUAGCAGAGAAUGGUGGACAACCAUACACAGAUGAGUUAUUUGUUGAGUUGAAGAAAGGGGCGAUAAAACUCCGUGAUCAACAAGAAGAGGUUGAUUCCUUGAAAGGUUAUUCUAAAGGGGAAAUAUUGGAGCUGAAGGAGCAGAUGCAUAGGUCAUAUGAGGAACAAUUGAAACGAAUAACUGAGAUGGUUGAGUUAAAACUUAGAGAGACAACAAACAGGCUUGAGCAGCAGUUGGCGGAGGAGCAAGCUGCCCGAUUAAAAGCAGAAGAGAAAGCACAAUUAGCUCAAAUGAAGUCAAAUGAUGAAAUCCGCCAGCUUAGAGAGAACUUAGAAAGAGCUCAAAAGGAGACGCAGGAACUCCGGAGGCAGGCUGAAAGUCGGUGCAACAUUCUAUGAUGUUUCUUUUUUUUUGCUAACUAAGGUGAAAGUUGUCUAAGUAUAUUGUUUGGUUUGGAGUCUCUUUUCUUUUAUCAAGUUUCUUUUACUGGUAAGGAUUGAGAUAUCUUAUGUAUGGAUAAGACGACUUAAAUCAUGUAUGUAUUGUUGGCUUAAGAAAGCAAUGUAUGGGUUUGCUUUGGUUCA